CCUUCUUCUACUACUACUCAUCUUUAAUUCAGUAUGAUUCAACCUCCAUUUGAUCAGUUUGCUACUCUAAUGGCGCCCGCCACCACAUCCUCGGUGGCGCCUAUUCCCACUGUCGUUCCGGGAUCUGAGGUCUACCAGGGACUUCAUGAUGUGGGCAAGCGGACUCUAUGGGUUGUCACUGUGUUGAUGGGCAUCUCCUCGCUGGUGUUCUAUACUCUGGCCGCUCGUGCUCCUCUGUCCAAACGAAUCUUCCACAUUCUAACCUCCCUAAUAACCACCAUCUCCUUCAUAAUCUACCUAGCCCUUUCAACAGGCCAAGGCAUAACAACCAAACACAUCACAGUCCACGAGUCCCACAAACAUGUCCCAGACACACACACAGACUACAUUCGCCAGGUCCUCUGGCUGCGUUUUGUAAACUGGGCACUAACAACACCCUUGCUAUUCAUCAACUUCGCCCUUCUAUCCGGCCUACCAGGCGCAAACCUACUCAUCGCCAUCGUCGCCCACCUGAUUAUGCUUGCAACAGCUCUAUUCGGCAUAUUUGCAGGCCACGGCCCUGAGCGCUGGGUUUGGCUGACCCUCACGUGUAUUUCCUACCUGGUCGUGAUCCACCAUGUAGGCUUCCACGCACAGAAAGCGGCAAAGGGCAAGGAUACCCAGGCCAGACGGUUCUUCGGGUCUGUUUCCGGGUCUGCGAUUGCCAUGCUAGCACUGUUCCCUAUUUCCCUUGCGGCUGGUGCUCUUGCGCUUAAAGUGAGUGUUGAUACGGAGACCAUCCUCUUCGCUAUACAGGAUAUCUUUACGCAAGGUAUCCUUGGAUACUGGCUUCUGUUGGCUCAUGAGAGCGUGCCCGGAAUUGCGCUCUACAUGGAAGGAUUCUGGUCCCAUGGUAUCGGCAAUGAGGGAGCUAUUCGUAUCCCCGAUGAAGAGGGUGCGUAAGGAAAUGACUUUUCACUUACUUUCAGAUUGGAAUUGAGGUGAUAGGAUAUUUUUUCUCUCUCUUUCCUUUCAGUUCACUAUAAUGUUUCUCUCACUUACCUAGUUUCGCCUUUCUCUUGGUUUCAUUUGAAGUUUGAUGUGAGGUGUGAGUUAUGAGAUAUGAGCUUGAUGAUAUUGAUACUUUGACUUGGCCCUACUGUUUUACAUCUAUUCUAUCUAUUCUGUACUCUACAUAAGAAGCAAGAAUGACUUGAACAAUUGGUUUUU